AUGGGUAUGAUCCCUCAACAACAACAAUUACCUACUGUCAACUUCCCACCCCAGCAAGCGAUGCAAGGACAAUUUACCAUGGCAGGCAUGUCGCCCCACGCAAAUGCGUUCCAAUUCCCGCAGCAAUCCCAGCAACAGCAGCUGGGCGUCCCGAUGAAUGCCCCAACACAGCCUGCGUCACACCGCCGUAACCAGUCAGCAAUGCCAAACAUGAGCAUGGGCCCACCUCCAGCACCUUCCUCUGGAGCUUCCGGCUCCGCAUUCGGUGACUUCUCCCAGCAGAGUAUGGGCAGCCAAGGCCGUGACAGUGGAGCACAGCGUGGUGGCCGUGGUGGAGGACCGCCAGGCGGUGGCCAUCAGCGCCGUCAUUCCCUUGCCUUGCCCGAAGCGAAGAAAGCCGCGGAGCUCGCACAACAGAAGCGCACCACUUCUGGGUUCCAGUUCCCAAUCCCAGGUGCUUCAGGUGCUUCAGGUGCUUCUUCAACCGCUGCGGACAGGUCUUUAAGCCCGACGACAGUUGACGAGAAGGGUGCUGAUUCGCAGCAACUCCUUAGUCCGUCUGGUCUAAGUGCUCGUGCAGGUAAUCGAGGUGCUGCUACUCACGGGAGAAGCCAAAGUAUGGCCAUGGGUAGUGGACGUGGUGCACCUCCGGGUCGUGGCUCUGGUGGAUUCCAAUUCCCACCUCCAAUGGCGACCAACGACGCCGGAGCAAGCUCUGCGGGACAGCAAUCCGAUUUUCAGCGGCGGGGCAGCCAAAAUGGCCACGGCCGGACAUCUUCAAGAAACUUUGAUAGUAACUGGAGGUCACAAGGGGGUACCCAGCCGCAGAUGCAGGAACAGCAGCCACCGAUGGGCAAUUUCGGACAGAAUCAAAACCCGAAUGCCAACGUCUUCCAACCCGGACACAGAGUAAGAGGCUCUAUGAAUCAAUCGAUAGGUUCCCUUGGUCAAUUCCAGUUCCCAAACCAACCACAACUGGUCCAGCUGCCGCAGGGCCAGGUCAUGAUACAACAGCCCCAAAUGUUUGCUGGCCAGCAGAUCAACCCUUUACAACUUAAUCAACUGCAAGCAUUGCAAGCAGCUCAGCUAAAUGGGCAGCAAUUCAACAUGCAGGGAAACCAACCCUCCCAGCCUCAGCUUUCCGCACAGCAGCAAGCGCGAAAGACUCUAUUCACUCCUUACCUUCCUCAAGCAAACCUUCCAGCUUUGUUGAACAAUGACCAGCUCGUAGCUGGUAUACUUCGAGUAAAUAAGAAGAAUCGCAGCGAUGCCUAUGUCACCGCCAGUGACUUGGAUGCGGACAUCUUCAUUUGUGGGAGCAAAGACAGGAACCGAGCAUUAGAGGGCGACUAUGUCGCUAUCGAACUCCUCGACGUGGAUGAAGUCUGGGGACAGAAGCGCGAAAAGGAAGAGAAAAAGAAACGCAAGGAUAUCUCGGACGCAAGAAGUGGUAAUAGCAGCAAUGCGGCUGAGGGGCGACCCCGAAGUGACUCAGCUGCCAACGGUGAUAGUGGACAGAACGGGGCCACCGAGGGUGGUCUUCGAAGGAGAGGUAGUUUGAGACAACGUCCAACACAGAAGAAAAACGAUGAUGUAGAAGUCGAGGGCCAGAGCUUGUUGCUGAUGGAAGAAGAGGAAGUGAAUGACGAACAAAAACCAUUGUACGCUGGCCAUGUCGUUGCUGUCAUUGAGCGAGUGGCUGGACAGAUGUUCUCAGGAACUCUUGGACUUCUGCGACCUAGUAGCCAAGCUACCAAGGAGAAGCAGGAAGCUGAGCGUCAACAUCGCGAUGGUGGGCCUGGUCGUCAUCAACAAGACAGACAACCGGACAAGCCAAAAAUUGUCUGGUUCAAGCCUACCGACAAGCGUGUACCUCUUAUUGCCAUCCCAACUGAGCAGGCCCCGCGUGACUUUGUGGAGAGACACCAAGAUUAUGCCAGCAGCAUAUUUGUUGCAUGCAUUAAGCGAUGGCCUAUCACCUCUCUGCAUCCGUUUGGUACAUUGGUGGAGCAGCUUGGUAAGAUGGGCGAUCUGAGAGUAGAGACCAACGCAUUGCUCAGGGACAACAACUUUGGCCCUGACGAGUUCUCGGAUGCAGUUCUCAAAAACAUAGGCUUUGACGAAUGGUCGAUUGAUAAUGAAUCUGAAGAGGCACUGGCUUCCAGGAGAGACUUCCGAGAAGAGACCACGUUUACCAUUGAUCCGAAUGGAACGCAAGAGCUAGACGACGCAAUUCACGUCAAAGAGCUUGCAGGUGGCGUGGUUGAGAUCGGUAUCCACGUCGCUGACGCCGCUCACUUCAUCAAAGCGAAUUCGCUCGUUGAUCGUGAAGCAAAAAAGCGCGGAACCGGUGUUUAUCUGAUAAAUCGCGCGGUUAACAUGCUUCCACCAAGACUUGCAUCCGAGAUCUGCUCAUUGAGUCCUGGAGAGGAGAGAUUUACUGUCAGUGUUGUUUUUAAGGUCGAUCUUGAAUCUGGCCGUGUGAUCGAUGAGGAAGCGUGGAUUGGAAAGGCAAUGAUCAAGAGUGCAGGCAAACUGACUUACGACGACGUUGACGCCGUCAUUGGUGGCAAAGCCGAGGUUGAUCUUCAGGGGGCUACCGCCAAGGACAUACACACAUUAAAGAAAAUAGCACAGAAAUUUCGCGAAACGAGAUAUGGAUCCCGGACCGAAGACGUGCCACCUCUGCGCUUGCUUCAUCAGCUCGAUGACGAGAAUGUCCCAGUGGAGCACAACAUCUUCGAUUCCACACCGGCACAUGAAAUUAUCGAAGAGCUCGGUCAUAAAGCAAACACUUUCGUUGCUCAGCGAAUUGCUGCAGCUUUGCCCGAGAAGGCGUUCCUUCGUCGUCAAGCUCCACCAAAUGCAAGGAGACUGGCAACUUUUGCUGACCGGAUGACAAGAAUUGGAUAUGAGGUGGAUACUUCAAGCAGUGGAGCUCUGCAGAACAGUCUCUUCAACGUGAAGGACGCAGAUUUGCGCAAGGGCAUGGAAACCUUGCUUGUUAAGGCCAUGCAGCGGGCCAAAUACUUCGUUCUUGGGAAGUUGAGACCCGAACAGGUCCAGCAGUACCCUCACCACUACGCCUUGAACCUUCCCCUGUACACCCACUUUACAAACCCAUCUCGUCGAUAUGCAGAUAUUGUCGUUCAUCGACAACUCGAAGCAGCUCUUUCUAAUGGCGCUAUCGACUUCACUGAAGAUGUCGACAACCUUGCAAAGACAGCCGAGUCUUGCAACACAAAGAAAGACUCUGCGCAGAGUGCUCAGGAGCAAAGCGUUCACAUCGAAUCCUGUCGAAUCAUGGACAAAAAGAGAGUGGAGCUUGGCAGCGACUUCAUCAGCGAAGGUAUUGUCAUCUGUGUCUACGAGUCCGCUUUCGAUGUCUUGAUACCCGAGUACGGCUUUGAAAAGCGUGUUCACUGUGACCAACUUCCACUGAAGAAAGCUGAAUUCCGCAAGGACGAGCGUGUGCUUGAAUUGUACUGGGAAAAGGGCGUACCCUCUUCUGCCUACGUACCUGAGGAUGAGCGUCCCAAAGCCACUACCAGCGCAAGACACCACGAUAGCACUACUGGUCGACAAGGGGAUAGUAAGCAGCAGAAUAGAGAGCGCGAAGAUUUGCAAAGAAGGCAGACGGAGACUGGCACAAUGUCAACAGACGACGUUGACGCCUUAUUUGAUGACGAGGACAAUGUCUCCGAGAUCACUGAAUCCACCGCUGGUGUAUCUUUGGGAGUCUCGACUUCUGAUCGUCCUACACAAAGCAUGCCUCCAUCCCCAACCCACAACGGUUCGGCUGGCGAUCAAACCCCUCUACGAACCCAGUCUGAUUCAAAGCUUGCCUCCAGCGUGGGAGAUGACCCUGAAGCGAAAUUAAGCAACAAAGAGAAGUACCUGGGCCUUUUCAAGCUCAGGGAGGAAGGCGGAGAGUAUAUACAGGAUGUCACAGAGAUGACCCGAGUCCCGGUCAUCCUGAAAACGGAUCUCACCAAGAGCCCACCGUGUUUGACCAUCCGCUCAAUGAAUCCCUACGCUUUGUAA